AGGGAGCUCCCACCGCCCCCCUCCGCCCAAGAUGUCGGGGGGCGGGUCGGAAGUGACGGAGGGAGGAAGCUCCGUCCUGUUUGAAAGCGCCCGGCGGAGCCGCCGCCGCUUCCUGCUUCCCGCCCGGGCCGCCAUGGCCGCCUUCGCCAUGGAGCCGCCGCCCGCAGGAGCUGAGCCAAUGACUCUCGGCUCCCCGACGUCUCCCAAACAAGGAGCUGGUGCUCAGUUCCUUCCCGGGUUUUUGAUGGGUGACUUACCUGCACCAGUGACUCCACAGCCACGUGCUUUGUGCGGCCCUUCAGUUGGAGUGAUGGAAACAAGGUCUCCGCUGCUUGCAGGAGGAUCUCCCCCACAACCAGUGGUCCCCACACACAAAGAUAAAGGCGGUGCUCCACCCGUCAGGAGCAUUUAUGAUGAGUUGUCCAGUCCUGGGCUUGGAUCAACACCUCUAACCUCAGGAAGACCAGCCAACUUCUCCUUAACACAGAGCCCAUCAGUUGGAAUUCUGCCAUCAACUCCAGGCACAGCUUCAAGCGUGUUCAGUCCUGCAAGUAUUGGGCAGCCUAGGAAAACUACUCUGUCUCCUGCUCAGCUAGAUCCUUUUUAUACUCAAGGUGAUUCCCUUACUUCAGAAGAUCAGCUUGAUGACACAUGGGUAACUGUAUUUGGAUUUCCUCAAGCAUCAGCUUCCUACAUUCUUCUACAGUUUGCUCAGUAUGGAAACAUAUUAAAGCACGUGAUGUCCAACACAGGAAACUGGAUGCACAUCCGAUAUCAGUCUAAGCUUCAAGCCCGGAAAGCCUUAAGCAAAGAUGGAAGAAUUUUUGGUGAAUCCAUCAUGAUUGGUGUCAAGCCCUGUAUAGAUAAAAGUGUGAUGGAAAACUCUGAAAGAAGCUCUACAUCCUCAAUGUCUUCGGUUUUCACUCCACCUACAAAAUCUACUGGCACACCAAUACAACUUGCAAAUAAUACUACAAGGAUUUCUACAAUGAGACCUCUUGCAACAGCAUAUAAAGCUUCCACUAGUGACUAUCAGGUGGUUUCUGACAGACAGACUCCUAGGAAAGAUGAAAGUAUUGUAUCCAAAGCAAUGGAAUAUGUGUUUGGCUGGUAGUAUCCCAGAGGCAGGAACACUCUCAGCUGGUCAGGGUUGGAGCUGGACCCGUGGUUAGUUGUAUAACUACAGGUGGUGUUUUGUCUCCCACAGCGCCUGUUAUGCCUUCAGUUCAUUCAGCAGACAUGUAGCUUGCACUUUAAAUGAUGGCAAUGUACACGUGGGUUUGCAAACUGAGUUAAGUGUAAAUAAAAGUGCUUUAUUCCCA